AUGUUACUUUCUGCUCGCCCAGGUGAUGUAUUAGUGCAUGAACUUGAUCGUCGACACACUCCUACUUUUGGCCGCGACACUAUUCGAAAAUUUGCUUCAGACGCUUCUGAAAUGAAGAAGAUGGCUUCUCGGGACUUUGAAGACCUUCUCCAGUGCGCCAUCCCUGUAUUUGAUGCACUCCUUCCAGAGCCACACAAUACAAAUGUGUUGACUCUGCUUUGUACAUGUGCACGCUGGCACGCUCUCGCAAAGCUGCGUAUGCACACCGACGAGACCCUUAACCUCCUCGAUACUGCCACCGUUACGCUCGGAAAGCAGCUUCGUCACUUCCAGAGACAUACGUGCGUAGCGUUUAAUACUAAGGAAUUAAAAAGGGAAGCAGAACGUCGCCAGCGCCAGCAGUCGCGAAACCUUGUUCAACAUGGCACUGGAGAGGCAUCGACGUCGACAUCUCAGACAACUCGGCGACCGAAGACUUUUAAUCUACAAACGUACAAGUUACACGCCCUGGGUGAUUAUUCUACCUCUAUACGCAACUUUGGCACGACAGACUCGUAUAGCACCGAACCGGGAGAGCUAGAACACCGCACCUCGAAAGCAAGUCACCACACGGUGCGGUCAUCGACGAAGAAGUUGCCUCGUCGCCUGAAGCUCGUUUCCACUGUCGGGAAAUCACAAAAUAACCCCGUAAACAUCCCGCUAUUCCUCCAAAUGCACCUGGGCGAUCCUGCUACCAAAGACUUUUUACCUAAGCUGAAGCGCUUUCUCCUUGCUAAGAUCAAGGAUAUCUUAACAACGGAAGAUGGUCUUUCACAUACUAACAGUUCCACUGCUGUUACGGUCCCAGGUAGUACUACCCCAACAAACGCAAACUCGGAAGGUCAAAUUUUGAUCAAGGCCGAUCGCAUGUACAGACAUAACUUAAUGCGUCUCAACUACACGACAUAUGAUGUCCGCCGAGCGCAGGACAUCAUUAAUCCAUCAACAUCACACUUGAACAACACCCUUAUCUCUACGCUCGCAGUACUUGGCGUUUAUCAUGUCAAUGUCACUUAUAUUGGUCCUGGUAUUAUCAGGUAUCACUCGCAUCGCAUCGACUUCCUGUGGGUGCGCUGGUAUCAAUACGUGGAUGAAGGCUCGAGCUGGUGCCCAUCUCUGGAUCGUGUUUGCUUCCCUCCCAUGGCAGAACCGGACGCGUUUGGGUUUGUUGAUCCUAAUGACGUCCUUAGAUGUUGCCAUGUCAUUCCGCAAUUCUCUCAACACCUGCGGCAUUUGGAUGGAAAAGGUGUUUCUCGUUGUGCUCAGGAUCAGCUAGACUGGAAAUUCUAUUACAUCAAUCGUUUUGUAGACCGCGACAUGUUCAUGCGGUAUCAGUGGGGGUUAGGAGUCGGGCACACAUACACGCAUACUAGUACUAACAGAGACUCGGAUGCUGACACAACUAGUGCAAUUUUUGAGGAUCUCGAGGAGGAGGAAGUUAAUUUGGAUCCAGAUCAGGGCCUCCUGUCUGACUCGGCCUUGGAAUCUGAUUUAGAUGAAGACUGCAACGAGGAUUAUGAUAGUGAUGAUGAUGCUAUCCUUGACUACGAAAACUAG